GUUUAUAUCAGAAGGAAAUGACAUAAAUAAAGGAAACUUGUAAUCACAUUUCCUCAGGGGUUUCUACUUUUCCUCUAACCAAAAUUCUAUUGGAGCUGAACUAGCCCGCUGUUUAAUGUUGUCUGUUUCAGUCUGGCAAAGAACAGUCAUUUUCUAACUAUAAUUCAUUGUUUUCUUAAUAUCAAUCUCUCGGCACAGUUUCCAGGAAGUUGAUAGCAAGAUGAUGACAUGAUUUUUGAGACAUGUACAGACUGACAGACGACUUCGACCAAUCAAGAAAGUAAAUCUGUUGACUUGUUUGUUUUAAGAACUAAGAAAAAUAGAAAAUAAUCCUUAUAUACAAAUCUAAUCUCCAAGCCAUUUCAUUUUGCUCCUUCAUCAAUGGAGAAGGUGAUAUCAACUCUAAUCUCAGCCUGGCUCAAAUUUCUUCAUGCUAUUCUCUCAGAUGUCUUUCUCUUUUAUUCUCAACACUUGAAAGAAUUUAUCAGUUCGAUACACAACGCACCCACCAAAGAACAUGAAGAAAAGCUGCUCAUCAGUGGAGAAGAUGUGAAGAUGGUGAUGAACAGACUAGGAAUAUUGCUAGAAUGCGACUCAGAUGGAGACGAUAAGCUUCGAGAGAGGUACUCUGAGAGUGAAGUUUCAGGAGUGUUUGAGGAGGAAGAGCCAAGCUUAGAGGAAGUGAGAGAUGCUUUUGAGAUUUUUGAUGAGAAUAAAGAUGGGUUCAUAGAUGGUGAAGAGUUGCAUAGAGUUUUGUGUUGUUUGGGAUUCAUGAAGGAAGGAUCAUUGCAGGUGGAGAAGUGUGAAGAGAUGAUCAGUGCUGCUGUUCGAAAGUAUGGAUCAGAUGGAAAGCUUGAUUUUAAUGCGUUUGUCAGAUUUAUGGAGAGGUGUUUUUGAUGAAAUACCCAAUUUAAUUUGAUUGUGUUUUGUAUAUGUAGUUAGUAAUUAUGUUUUCUUAUUUCAUUAGCA